GGAGCCGGGGGAAGAGUCGCCGCCUCAGCCGCCGCCGCCGCCAGUGCGGAGACCCCCGAGCUGGCGGGGCCGCGCUGGGCAUGCGUGCCGGGAGGUGGAGGCGCUGACAACGAGCCCGAAGCGGCAGCCACGCGGGCGUGGGCGGCUGGUUCAGGCGGAGGCGCUGGGAGGCGGCGGCGGGGCGCGUGGGGCGGCCCUCCGGGCUCAGCAUUAUGGAUCCAAGCCUUUUGAGAGAACGGGAGCUGUUCAAAAAACGAGCUCUUUCCACUCCUGUAGUAGAAAAACGUUCUGUGUCUUCUGAGGCGUCGUCAUCAAAGAAGAAAAAAGCAAAGCUAGAACAUGGAGGAUCAUCGGGCUCUAAACAAAAUUCUGAUCAUAGCAAUGGAUCAUUUAAUUUGAAAGCUUUGUCAGGAAGCUCUGGAUAUAAGUUUGGUGUUCUAGCUAAGAUUGUGAAUUACAUGAAGACACGGCAUCAGCGAGGAGAUACACAUCCCCUUACUUUAGAAGAAAUUUUGGAUGAAACACAACAUUUAGAUAUUGGACUCAAGCAGAAGCAAUGGCUAAUGAGUGAGGCACUAGUCAAUAAUCCCAAAAUUGAAGUAAUAGAUGGAAAGUAUGCCUUUAAGCCCAAGUACAACUUGAAAGAUAAGAAGGCUCUACUUAGGCUCUUAGAUCAACAUGACCAGCGCGGCUUAGGAGGAAUUCUUUUAGAAGACAUCGAGGAAGGACUGCCCAAUUCCCAGAAAGCUGUCAAGGCUUUAGGGGACCAGAUAUUAUUUGUAAACCGUCCUGAUAAGAAGAAAAUUCUUUUCUUCAAUGAUAAGAGCUGUCAGUUUUCUGUGGAUGAAGAGUUUCAGAAACUGUGGAGGAGUGUCACCGUGGAUUCAAUGGACGAGGAGAAAAUUGAAGAGUAUCUGAAGCGACAGGGUAUUUCUUCCAUGCAGGACUCCGGACCAAAGAAAGUGGCCCCAAUUCAGAGAAGGAAAAAGCCUGCCUCACAGAAAAAGCGACGGUUUAAGACUCACAAUGAGCACUUGGCCGGGGUGCUGAAGGACUACUCUGAUAUUGCUCCUGGCAAGUAGUAAACAGUUUGGUCUGAGAGCAAAGAGUUUCAAAGUCAAGAUCUUCCAUGUUGACGCUGGCAUCUGCAGACUGACCAUCUUCCUGUUCUCCUACCUAGGACCGAGGAGAGGAGCAGUUCAGUUUACAGAACUAGGGCAAAUGACCAAACUUGAAGCUUGUUUUCCCUAAUGGGCUAAUGAGAACUGUGAUGUCCCCUGUGACCCUCCUGUCACUUCUCGGGGGAGCGGCGCUCAGCAUGGCGUGCAGGCAUCUUUGCUAUUUAUCGCUACUUCUAAGUGGCUCCUGUUCCAUUUUUCCCUUCUUUUAUUACUUUAGAACAAGUUUGCUGGUAGUCUUGAAUGCAAUAUUUGUUUAUUCCAAAAGAUCAUAUUUAUAAUAAAACCAUUGUAGAAGGAGCUCUAAGACGUCGGUGACUUCAGUUGGCUUCUUUCCGUCCUUGGCGGUUGCAGGCGGUCUCUGAGUCCUGCAGGUGCAGGUCUGGAAUGUUGUUGACGACUGUGGUCUGGGCUGUGUCACUGAGCGUGUGGAUUUCACAGGUGGAACCCAAGGUGUGACUCUUGUUAGCAAGUGAAGCAGCAAAGGUACACUUGGCGUGACUUUUAAUGCUUUCUUUUAAAAGGAUAAGUCACUGUUUAGUCUCCUGGAUUUCCCAAGUCUUGUUGUCAUGCUGUUUACAGCAAGCAUGGACUGAGUCUACCCACCAGCCUGAACGUCUGUGUUACGUUGUCUCAGCCCUGGUGGCGCCUGGCCCCGAGGUUCUCACUGACUGAGCUCACGAGAGCUGUUACCACAUAUGUAGGUUCCUAAGAAUUGUCAUGACUUUUGGGGACAUCUGUGGUCAUUCCAGCAUUCUACUGUAAAUGACCCAUUUUCCUUCUCUGCUUGUUUAUGGUUUGUAGGGGCUCUUUGGGUUGGUUGAUACGGUCCUCACAUCAAAUAUUGAAGCUAGUGGAUUAUAGGGUUUGGUGUUCUCAAAAAAAGGCAUAAUGAUAACCCAGAGCAGUAACUACUUUGUACACAUGACAGGGAGCCAUUUUGUUGUUUUAAUUUUUAUCCUUUGUCUUUACUUCUCAUUGAUUUGAGUGUCAUCUUACCUGUUUCUUAUACCCAAGCCCCAAAAUACAUCAUGAGAAGAUGUGAAACUGAGACGCCUCACUGAUUAAUGAUGUUGAGCAUCUUUUCAGGACCUGUUGGUCACGUGUGUAUUUUAAUUGGAUGAAUGUCUCCAGGUCUGUUUGGGUCCUUUGCCUGUCUUUCAAUUGGAUUAUUUGUGGGGUUUUUUUUUUUUUUUUUUGGCUACUACUGAGUUGUAUGAGUUCUUUAUGUAUUAUGGUCAUAUUAACCCCCUUAUCUUUGUAAGAUAAAUGGUUUGCAAAUAUUUUCUUUGAUUCCA